GAAGAUUCUUUUUACAACAGUCAGGUCCUGCAGGUGUCAAUGAUAUGUCCAGACAUCUCAAGGGAUGAAAUCCAAAGAGAUUUACUCGUGACUGGAGACCCCCAAGAAACUAUCAACCGAAUAUUUGAAGGAAGUUUUCUGUUUGGCACAUCAGCGUCUCUGCAUCCCAUAGAAGCUUCAAGAUCACCGAAUACCAGGGAAACGUUUCCCACCACCUCCACUUCAUCAAAUCAAGAAGAAACUCAGAGCAGAAGGGGUCAUACACAGAGUGAUACAAGGGUAGACGUUAUCAGUAUAGAUGUAGAUGCUGACGAUAGGGGUGAUGGACUGGCUGAGAAUAAGGGUCAUUAUCAGUGUCAAUCCGCACCAGUUGAUGAUGAUGAUAGCGACUUGGAUGAUCUUCCAGAUGUCGGAAUUCAUCUGAGUUUUAGACGACAAAGCGGGACCAGUUUUGAAAAAGAGUUUUUGUCUACUUCUGGUGGACACCAAGAUCUUCAACCAACAGGUGCAUCAAGUUUUCAGUCUGCUGUCGAUAACGUUGUCAUCAUAGAUGAGAGUUUGAACCUGUUACCUCAUACAGGUAGCCCUCGUGAACCCUGUGUGGAUUUGACUCUAUCACCACAAGAGGCCGGUUCUGCAGUUGUCGACUUUGAAUGCUUACAUCCAGCUGAAGAUAUUGGCUCAACGAGCCCUGUAUCACUGCCAAGCAGUGAAAAUAUUGAAACAACAAGUGGAGAUUAUUGUAAAUCGCCAAUUGUUGAUUUAACAGAUCAGGCCUCCCCUCACGUAUUGGAGGAAGAGUCUGAGAGUGUUCUCAACUUCAGAGUCCAAGAUCAGAAUUCUGAGUUUAUAGCACCGGUAGGCUCCCCAACAGGAGACCAUAAUAGUGAAGAGUUUGUAGGUGAAGAAGCUGCUCUUAGUCCAAGAAGUCCAAGGCAUCUUGAUCCGGUUGAUCCUCCUCUUCAAGAUCUAUCAUCAGACGACGACAACAUCAUGGAUCGAUUCACUCCGAUGGCGAUUUCAAGCAGCGACGACGAAGAGGAGGGUGUUACGCUGUCCCUGCUCCACCGCAUCCGCAGCAAACAACUCAAUAUUAAUCGGGGUAAUCACCCACCCCAUAAACUGUCCAAUCAGACUCGAGACGAGAAAGCUCAUGAUGGAGUGAGUAGAAAACACAUGUCGGAUUUAUCAAACACAAAGCCACUGAAACCUGCCAUUGUCUCUGCGAGCGCAAACCACAGACAAAAGAAGUACCAUGAAAUAUCGGAUGAUGAGGAUGAUGAUUCUAUGAAAACAGCUUCUUACGGGACGUCAGCGAGCUUCCAAGGAGAUAGUGAUGGUUACUCAAGACAGGAGUCUAGUCACAGUAGUUGUGUCAGGGAGUCAUCUCAGGAGGAUCUGGUACCUUCCAAAAAGAAGGCGAGGAGGUGCCCUGAGGAAAUUGCGACAGCGAAGCAGAAAGCUCUGGAGAAACGAGCUUUGAAGGAGCAAGAAAAGCAGCUAAAGAUGAGACAACAAGAUGAGAAGAAACAACUUAAAAUGAGAGAAGCUCAAGUUCAAAAGGCAUUGAGAGAGGCGCAUAAAUCAGAAAGGCCGGAAGAAUGUAUGAAGUAUGUAACCGUCGUCACCAAUCCACUGCUGCUAGAGGACACUGGGGGCGGUAUACUGCUGACCAAACUCCAGGCGCUAGAGAGUAGGAUGGCCAUCGAGUCUCAACCCAUCCCUGGAAGCGUCACAUGGAGGAGACAAGUCAUGGAACAUAACCUCGGGGAUGAUUUACAGCUGAACACCUUACACCAAAAGAAAGAAGAAUGUGAAGCAAUAGUCCUUCUGCCUGUUGCUAGCUUCGUCGACAUGGUCUACAUAUUCAAACAAGAGCAGCAAGGAGUGUUUACUUUACAAGGGCCAGACUCACUAAAGACCUACGCCAAUGAUGUCCAACAAACGCUGAACGGCAAAGCAGUCACUUUCAUUAUUCAAGGCAUGGAAAAAUACUUCAGACUCCAGAAGAACUCCAAACAGCGUAACUUUCGCUCAGCAGUCCUCGGUAGUGACCCUCCAGUAAACACCGCCAAGACACGACGCAAGAAGCGACCCAUCGAGGACAUUACUACCAAUGUGACGAGGGUGGACAUGGAAGAGGCCUUGGUUGAUCUUCAGCUUCAUGUUGGAUGUAAUGUCCGCUUUGUGGAGACACCAACAGAGGUCGCUGACAUUGUUGCCAUGUUCACCAAGUCAGUCGCUGAGACACCUUUUAAACGAGAGCGGGACAAGGCAACGUUCUCCUUCCAUGUUGACACAGAGUGGGCAGGAGGAGUGAAGGUUAGUAAAGACGGCAAGGGUCUACUCAAGGUGUGGCGGCAGCAGCUACAGCAGUUUCGUAACGUCAGUCCUGAGAUAUCGUCCUCCAUCAUUGCCUUGUACCCAUCUCCAAGACUACUGCUGCAGGCCUAUUCUCAAUGUGAUACUUGUCAAGAAGCAAGAAAACUACUUCAGGAUAUUGUGAUAAGGAGAGGGGAAGGUGUACUUGCUACCACUCGAAGAGUUGGACCCGAGUUGUCAAAGCGAGUUCAUACACUCAUGACGUCAAACGACCCAGAUCUUGCACUCUAAGAACAACUUGUUAAAGGCACUGGACACAUAAGGAGAGGGGAGGGUGUACUUGCCAGUUGCCACCACUCGGAGAGUUGGACCAGAGCUGACCAAACGAGUCCACACUCUCAUGACAUCAAACGACCCAGAUCUUGCACUCUAAAGAAAUAACAACUUCAUGUUAAAGGCACUGGACACAUUGGUUAUUAUCUAAGACCAGUAUUUUCACUUGGUGUACCCCAAAUUUA